UCGUUCUUCCGGGGCGUGGCAUACACAACGCGGGACCUGUUACUUUUGUUUUGAGUGGAAAGUGUUACUAUUAUAGAGUUACAACCGGCUCAACUGAUCCUUUUUAUUUAUUGUGGGAUUUUAUUUUUUACAGUCUAUGGAUAAUCCUGAUGUGUUCCCGCUACUAGUUGUUUCCCCCCCACAGAAUUUACUUAGUUCGCAUGCUUACGUUAGUUUGAAGUUGAGCUAACGUUAACGGUUUUCUUUGUUUUAAAAAAUCACAACGGUUUGAAUCGUUAGCCAAACAGAACUCGUGUGACAUGGAAUUAUUUCAGAAAGUGGAAAAGAUUGGAGAAGGGACGUACGGGGUGGUGUACAAGGCAAAGAACAAAGUGACGGGAGAGACUGUUGCCCUAAAGAAAAUCAGACUAGACACGGAAACAGAGGGAGUACCAAGCACUGCCAUCAGAGAGAUAUCGCUCCUCAAAGAGCUCAGCCACCCAAAUAUUGUCAAGCUCUGUGAUGUCAUCCACACAGAGAACAAACUAUACCUGGUUUUUGAGUUCCUUCAUCAGGACCUUAAGAAGUUCAUGGACUCCUCGGUCUCUGGUAUCUCUCUGCCACUUGUCAAGAGUUACCUGUUCCAGCUGCUGCAGGGCCUGGCCUUCUGUCACUCCCACAGGGUUCUCCAUCGGGACCUGAAGCCCCAGAACCUGCUCAUUAACGCCCAGGGGGAGAUCAAGCUGGCUGACUUCGGCCUGGCUAGGGCCUUUGGGGUGCCUGUCCGCACCUACACUCAUGAGGUGGUAACGCUAUGGUACCGAGCUCCAGAAAUUCUUUUGGGCUGCAAAUACUACUCCACAGCGGUUGACAUCUGGAGUUUGGGCUGUAUCUUUGCUGAAAUGAUCACCAGGAGGGCCUUGUUUCCAGGCGACUCAGAGAUCGAUCAGCUGUUCCGGAUCUUCCGUACCCUGGGCACACCGGACGAGGUGGCCUGGCCAGGGGUCACUUCUAUGCCUGACUACAAGCCCUCCUUCCCUAAGUGGGCCCGACAGGAGCUGUCCAAAGUGGUUCCCCCACUGGACGAGGACGGGAGAGAGCUGCUCAGGCAAAUGCUGAGCUAUGACCCAAACAAGAGGAUAUCUGCCAAAAAUGCCCUCGUCCAUCGGUUUUUCCGUGAUGUCACCAUGCCAAUGCCACACCUACGACUGUGACAUGCAGACUGACAGGAACAAUACAUAGCCCAGGGUCUUUCCAUGAGAGAUACCUGAGCAGAAGGACUGCCCCAGCUCUUAUCCACACCUGAAUACUACAGUCCAGGAGAUGGGAGAGAUCACAGUGAAAUAUGGAUGCCUUUCCAAAAAUCAUUCUAGCAGCCAAAAACCAGCAUUUGUAUAAAUUGGAUGUCCUGUGAGUUUUUCUCUACAGCUAUGAGUGCCUGUUAUGUCAUGGAGAAUGAACUCUACAGUUUCAGCAUUUUAUGUGUAUUGAAAGGGUUAACUUGGUUUGUGUACAUUUUAGUCAUUUAGCAGAUGCAAGCUCUUAAUUUGUUCAUUGCAUCAUUUAUGAUAAGAAGUUGAUUAAAUUCGUUUGAGCUUUAUUGUGUGAAAAUAUAUGAAUAUUACGAAUUUGUCUUGUGUUAUAACCUCACUGGCAGUAAAUCUUUGGCAGAUUUUGAAUCAAAGACAUAGGAAAUCGGAAUAAUUCUGCGUUCAUAACCAAGUGGGAAUUUACCACAUACGACUGGUAAAAAUCCACUAGCUAUCAUGCUUGUUUAAAAAAAAACAUUCAGAAAUUGGAUCUGGGGACCAAUGCCAAAUCUUUUCAGUCUCCUGAGGGAGAAAAGGUGUUGUCAUGCCCUCUUCACGACUGUCUUGGUGUGUUUGAACCAUGAUAGUUUGUUGGUGAUGUGGACACAAAGGAACUUGAAACUCUCGACCCGCUCCACUACUGCCCCAUCGACGUUAAUAGGGGUGUGUUCGGCCUGCCUUUUCUUGUAGUCCACGAUCAGCUCCUUUGUCUUGCUCACAUUGAGGGAGAGGUUGUUGUCCUGGCACCACACUGCCAGGUCUCAGCCUAUAGGGAGGAGGUCAGUCUCAUCAUUGUUGGGGAUCAGACCUACCACUGUCGUCAGCAAAGUUAAUGAUUGUGUUGGAGUCGUGUUUGGCCACACAGUCGUGGGUGAACAGAGUACAGGGUGGGACUAAGCACGCACCCCUGAGGGGCCCCAGUGUUGAGGAACAGCGUGGCAGAUGUGUUGUUGCCUACCCUUAUCACCUGGGGGUGGCCCGUCAGGAAGUCCAGGAUCCAGUUGCAGAGGGAGGUGUUUAGUCCCAGAGUCCUUAGUUUAGUGAUGAGCUUUAUGGGCGCUAUGGUGUUGAACGCUGAGCUGUAGUCAAUGAACAGCAUUCUCAGGAUUUAUUUAUAAGCGUCCGGAUUAGCGUUCUGUAGCGUAGCAUGGUUUAGAUGCAGCUGCACAACAUAGCUCUUAAAGGGGAAAUGUCUUAACAGGGCAAUGUUGUGUCCAAUGGGGUAAAUGCAGAUGGACAAACCGCAUGCUUCAGCCUAGGUACAUUUUUAUUGGCACUAUGCUUCAUCAGUUGACCUGCAGGUCAUAAUGCCUAUUGCUAAAAGCACAUCUGAUAAUAUAGACUAUACACAGGCUAUAUGCAUGGUACAAUAUGUUAUUGGGCCUAUUUCUGGAGGUGGAAUUUAUGUUUUAGAUGGUGUCAACAUUUUAUUAUCAUUCAUUUUGAAGUAGAAUGUCCUUUUAAAAAGUCUCCAGACCUGAGCUUAUCAGUCCUUCUGCAUAAAAAUGAUCUCUGGGAGGAUUCUGGACCCCCUAAGCAAGGGGACUUGAGUUGGUCAAAUUCGCUGUUUAAUACAUGUGCAAAAUUAUCCUCUUUCCCUAAAAGCAUGAUGGUCAUGGCUUUUAUUACAUGAAAGGGGAGGUCAACUUAGCGAUCUGAGAUCGACUUAAGUUUCAGUCAUGGGAUUUUUGUGUUGUUGCUUUAACCCCUGUGAAUGCAUUUAACUGGUAUUUACAACUUCACAACUGACAAAUUCCCACUUUCCACUUGGUUAUGAAUGCAGCAUAAGUCCGAAUCCCAAAUCAACUCCUUAACCCUAUGCACUUGAGAGGAUUUGAUUGAUUUAUAAGCAAUAUGGCGAAACUUCCAUGUAGUCUAUCAGAAGGCGAGGUUAUGAUUAUCAUAUUGCUUACAUAUAUUGAAUCCACUCAGAUCUCCACAAAUGCAUUGGACCUAAAUUAGAUUUUGGGCUCGAUCAAAUAUGUUCUAUUCUAUUGAGAAAACAGUCGAGUGACGCUCUAACAAUGGAAAUGCGUGUCCUCAAAUAUGGAUGGCAGGUGGGAGGAAGCAAGAUCAGGUGGGACCAUAGAGUACCACAGAAUGAGUCAUAAUACCCAUAAAACCUAGCGGUCAAACAGGGAAACGGUUCCAAUUGUUUUUCCACCAUUUUUUUCCUAUUGGGGAUUUUAGAAAGACUUCAAAUAAACACGUCAACCAUAAACUUUUAGUUUAUGGUUGACGCAGCUGGUAGGCCAUUAGCUAACCUAACGUAGCAGGCGUAAAAGAAACACCUGAAACUGUUGGGGGAAGUUCUCUUCUGCACUGUUGAACCAAUCUAGUAAAUGUGGAGGAGGAGUUAAGAUGGAGUGUCGCCUCGCUAACGUCCAAAAGCAGAAGUCGUGUUACAGGCUGUCUUUCCAUUUCCCAUGGAAACCGGAACAUCUGUUUGUUGGGGACUCGGCAGAGGCUAUCCAUUAGCCAAUCAGUGUUUCUCAAGGAGUUCAAAGCAUGUGAAUGCAUCCAACUGGUAUUUACGACAUCACAACUAAUAACUUUCCCUCUUGGUUAUGAACGCAGCAUCAAUAUACACUACAUGACCAAGAGUAUGUGAACACUUGCUUGUCGAACGUCUCAUUCCAAAAUCAUGGAAAUUAAUAUGGAGUUUGCUCCUAUAACAGCCUCCACUCUUAUGGGAAGGCUUUCCACUAGAUGUUUGAACAUUGUUGCGGGGACUUCCAUUCAGCCACAAGCGCAUUAGUGAGGUCGGCACUGAUGUUGGGCGAUUAGGCCUGACUCGCAGUCGGCGUUCCAAUUCAUCCCAAAGGUGUUCAAUGGGGUUGAGGUCAGGGCUCUGUGCAGGCCAGUCAAGUUCUUCCACACUGAUCUCAACAAACCAUUUCUGUAUGGACCUAGCUUUGUGCACAGGGACAUUGUCAUGCUGUAAGAGGAAAGGGCCUUCCCCAAACUGUUGCCACAAAGUUGGAAGCAUAGAAUCGUCUAGAAUGUCAUUGUAUGCUGUAGCGUUAAGAUUUCCCUUCACUGGAACCAAGGGGCCUAGCCCAAAUCAUGAAAAACAGCCCUAGACCAUUAUUCCUCCUCCACCAAACUUUACAGUUGGCACUAUGCAUUGGGGCAGGUAGCGUUCUCCUGCGAUCCGCCAAACUCAGAUUCACCCGUCAGACUGCCAUAUGGUGAAGCAUGAUUCAUCACUCCAGAGAAUGCAUUUCCACUGUUCCAGUGUCUAAUGGCGCCGAACUAUACACUACCCCAGCCGACGCUUGGCAUUGCGCAUGGUGAUCUUAGGCUCGUGUGCGACUGUUCGGCAAUGGAAACCCAUUUCAUGAAGCUCCCGACUAACCGUUAUUGUGCUGACCUUGCUUCCAGAGGCAGUUUGGAACUAUAUAGUGAGUGUUGCAACCGAGGACAGAUCAUUUUUAUGCGCUUCAUCACUCCGCACUGUUCUGUUCUGUGAGCUUUUGUGGCCUACCACUUCCCGGCUGAGCCGUUGUUGCUUCUAGAUGUUUCCACUUCCCAAUAACAGCACUUACAGUUGACUGGGGCAGCUCUAGCAGGGCAGAAAUAUGAUGAACUGACUUGUUGGAAAGGUUGCAUCCUAUGCCAAUAAUUCUAUCUUCAUUAUUCCUGCUUACAAGCGAAAACUAAAGCCGGUAGUACCAGUGACUCACUCAAUACAGAAGUGGUCAGAUGAUGCGGCUGCUACGCUACAGGACUGUUUUGCUAGCAGAGAGUGGAAUAUGUUCCAUUAUUCAUCCAAUGGCAUUGAGGAGUAUACCACUGUUAAGAUAUUUUAUCAAGGUUUAAGAUAAAUGAUUAAAUAAUUCUACACAGAAACUUAACCAUUAGGAUUAGAGGUUAUGUAGCAUGGACAAGGGGUAAUUAAAAAUGAUAACCAUUGUGGAAGAAAGGAAUGUAUGUUUGAACCGACCAAGCUAUAACUCUGUUGAGAUAAGAGAAGACAGCAAGAGCCCCUCUAGGUUUUCCGUAUCUGGGGGGGAACUGGAACUGUCAGCUAAGUGGUAAUAAACUGUGGUGAGACUUCAGGAGAUAAUCCAGAUAUAGUGUGUAAAUGUAUGUGCGUUAGUGUGUUGGAAUGGAAUUUUGGUCAGCUUUGUCCUUGUCGGAGAAGAGGAGGGACCUUUAGAAAGCUAUGACGCUAUGUGGGAUAUAUAUACUAAUGUAAAUUAUAUUUUGAUCUAGAGCUCUCUCGAGAAUAAACGCUAUUGAUUAAUUUG